AUGUCAGAUCCUCCUCAUAAAUCCUUCCCCUUGUACGGCCGACAAGCAGACGCUGGUGCCGUUUUUGUUCUCGAGUCAAAAGGGGAAUGGUGGCACGCGGGUUUUCAUCUGACGACGGCGAUAGUGGGACCGACGAUAUUGGCGUUACCGUUUGUGUUCAGAGGACUUGGAUGGGUUCUGGGGUUUACGUGUUUAACGGUGAUGGGGAUUGUGACGUUUUACGCUUACUUUCUGAUGUCAAAGGUGCUAGAGGAGUGUGAGAAUGCCGGUCGUCGUCAUAUCAGAUUCCGGGAGCUGGCUGCCGAUGUUUUAGGAUCUGGAUGGAUGUUUUAUUUUGUGAUAUUUAUUCAAACAGCCAUCAAUACUGGGGUUGGAAUAGGAGUUAUUUUGCUUGCAUCGCAGAGCAUCCAGAUAUUGUAUUCGUACUUUUCGCCAAAUGGGUGCCUGAAACUGUACGAAUUCGUAGCCAUGGUGACAUUUGUUAUGAUACUGUUCUCUCAGCUUCCCAGUUUCCAUUCACUCAGACACAUCAGCCUCAGCUCUCUUCUUCUUAGCUUGGGCUACGCUUCCCUUGUAGUUGCUGCUUGUAUUAUUGCAGGUCGUUCCAAAAAUGCUCCGACUAAGGAAUAUACCUUGGAAUCUUCAGUAUCAGCUAGGGUUUAUAGUGCCUUCACUUCAAUCUCCAUAAUAGCCGCUAUUUUCGGAAAUGGUAUACUACCUGAAAUUCAGGCAACUCUAGCCCCACCUGUUACUGGGAAGAUGGCGAAAGGCCUUAUAAUGUGCUACAGUGUCAUUAUUUUCACCUUCUACUCGGCAGCAUCGUCUGGGUAUUGGGCGUUUGGGAACAAAGCUGAAUCAAAUGUACUUAAGAGCCUACUGCCUGAGAAUGGACAUGCCUUGGCUCCAACUUCACUUAUUGUUCCCGCUGUUGUAUUUCUUCUUCUUCAGCUCUUAGCCAUUGGCUUGGUUUAUGCUCAAGUAGCGUUUGAGAUCAUGGAGAAGAAAUCAGCUGAUGUAAAACAAGGCAAGUUUUCCAAAAGAAACCUGAUCCCUAGGUUAAUUCUUCGGACGCUGUACAUGAUGUUCUGUGGAUUCAUGUCAGCAAUGCUUCCUUUCUUUGGAGACAUAAAUGGAGUUAUAGGAGCUAUUGGGUUUAUUCCCCUAGACUUUGUCCUCCCAAUGCUUCUUUACAAUAUGAGCUUCAAACCUUCCAAAUCUUCCUUGGUCUACUGGAUCAAUAGUAGCAUCAUGGUUGUUUUCACUGGUGUAGGAUUAAUGGGUACAUUCUCCUCAGUAAGGACUUUGAUUGUUGAUGCCAAUAAGUUUAAGCUGUUUAGUAGUACUGUGGUGGGCUGA